GUUGGUGAAUUCGCUCUCUUUUAUUUCUUCCAGACUGAGGACUAAUCAGUACAACUGCCCGCGAUUACGGGAUAGGCUACACUGCCUGGGAAGGGCAAUCUACAGCUCAUGCUAACGUAGGAUGCACACAGAAUCAUCCGGUUAUCCAGGGAAGAAUUGAUCACAAAAUGCGUCCUGGAUUCUCUAUUUGCGUGGCAGAUACACGGUAGCAGCGACUUUGGGUUAACCAGGUCUUUACGCCAACCAACGUAGCUGAAUGUUAGCAGUUAGCAACGAAGGUGGGGAACGGUGGAUCUCUACAGAUGGAUUAAUAUACUGUGAAAAUAUGUCUACCUAUUAUCGAGUGGUAACGUCCAAACAAAUCGACAACAAAGUUUCAGAACUGCUUUUUGCAUUGGGACUGAAAUAAGAACAGCACGACCUGCGGCGUAAAGCCUGUCAAGCUUUGCUUGAGUGACUUGUUACUUGCAAAUGCUGUAAUUCAAAAAUUAAACCGCAUUGCCCCUAGCCAUUUUGACUGCGUCGACUUCAGAAUCGGACAUUGUAGCAAUCUCCGUAUCUGACUAAGGUCGGAUGUGAGCCAACAAUCGUUAAUACUCUGCUAUCAAAGGUGCAACAUCCUGUGCAGGCUGAGACGUUGUUUAGUUUGCAACUCCCUUACUAGAUGACUGAUUUGUGUUGCAACGAGUAGCUACCUAUCGGAUGUCCCUAUGUCUUGCAUUAAUGCAUCUGACAAAGAAUGUGUAAAUAUUCAUCUUAGGGUCAUGUAAAGGCCUACGUGGUAAAUAUAUUAUGACAACGGAUGGCCUUUGGAUUCCGAGUUUGGUUGAAGAAGUGUGAAAUCUUGGAUUCAUUAAAACGUAUGACUCCUCGCCGUUCGUAACCGGUUGCCUCUCAAGGACAAUUGCUUAUUUUUCCGUGUAUGGUGGGCAUAUUGGUUUGGAUGACACUGCAGUCCCAUUUCUACAUUUGGAAUUAACACGUAAACUGAGCUAGGUGUUUGACACAACGGGGAAGGUGGAGCAUUGUCCGUCGAACGUGUUGACGCAGUGGGAUUUGUACGUCUGGUCGGCCUUCCCUCCCGCCCUUCCCGCUGUGACGGUGAUGGGUCGGAAGCGGUGUGUCGGUGCAGAUUGUUCCAAGAUGGCGGCCGGGUGCUGCGGGGUGAAGAAGCAGAAGUUGUCGGGAUCCCCUGGGUCUGGAGGUCCCGGCGGAGCGGCUAGUGGGGUAGCUGGUAGCGGGCAUUGUGGAUCGGACUUGGGGAUUGGCUCGUCCGCUGCUGUUGCGGCAGGGAACGUGAACCGAGUGAACGGCCUAGGGGGGCCAGGGAGUAGUAGUAGUAGCAGUAACAGCAACACUCUGUCCCCUUCCUCGGGGGGAAGCUACAACUCCACUGCCCUCUCCCCUCAUCUCAGCCCCGGCUCCAGUGGAUCUGGGAGCGGAGGUAGGAAAAUGGUCGUGUCAGCUGAGAUGUGUUGCUUCUGUUUCGACGUCCUUUAUUGUCAUCUCUACGGAUACCAACCUCCACGGACACCCAGGUUUACAAACGACCCCUAUCCACUGUUCGUCACUUGGAAAAUUGGCAGAGACAAGAGGUUGAGGGGUUGUAUAGGUACAUUUUCUGCCAUGAACCUGCACUCAGGACUCAGGGAGUACACCCUUACUAGUGCCCUUAAAGACAGCCGCUUUCCCCCCAUGACGAGGGAUGAGCUGCCACGUCUCUUCUGCUCAGUAUCUCUGCUCACCAACUUUGAAGAUGUUGGUGAUUAUCUUGACUGGGAGGUUGGUGUGCAUGGCAUUAGGAUAGAAUUUUUCAAUGAAAAAGGAUCAAAACGCACAGCCACCUAUCUUCCGGAGGUUGCAAAAGAACAAGGAUGGGACCACAUUCAGACCAUAGAUUCCUUACUUCGCAAGGGAGGUUAUAAAGCUCCCAUCACAAAUGACUUCAGGAAGAGCAUUAAAUUGACCAGGUAUCGUAGUGAAAAGAUGACUAUGAGCUACGCAGAAUAUAUUGCUCAUCGCCAACACCAUCACUACCAGAAUGGCAUUGGGCACCCUCUUCCACCCUACAACCAUUAUUCCUGACACCGAGCCGCAUGACCAGUCACUGGACCUCUCAGCAGACCUCUUCCCAGGAGAGCCCGCCCCCUCGUGGUCUAGCUAUCUUUACUACUGUACCAUUUUAUGAUGAUAGUUUCCGUUGCCGUGCUGACCGUCUUUUUGAUGGCUCAUGGCAACGGGCUUGGCAAAUUAAGUCUGAUAUUGAUUUACUAAAGAAGCAAAAAUUCCUAUUUUUCCUUUCAUGUAUUUUAGUUUUUGCAGCAUAUAUUUCCGUUACCCUUUUGUGAAUUAAGAGGUGAAAGUGGAGAAAUAAUGACCCCUUAUCAGGUUUAAAUUUUGUGGAUGGAGUUGAUAGCCCCAAAUUUUGAUUAGUUUUAUUCUGGUUAUGCAAAAUUGUAGUAUUUGUUCUACUUUUAUUUUUAUUUUGUUCUCUUCAAAGUCUGACAAGACUUUUUCUCCCUGAGUGUUGCCAUGUGUGUCGGGUACAUGUAAACAUUCAUGAUCUAUAACCCAAGUUUUUUCUCCUGAAAUCAGUGGACCAUCAUGAAUUUUUGGUGGGUUUUAAUGGUUGUGGAUGUGUUUCAGUUGUUUGCCUCAUGACCCCUUAUACAUCUUGUAGUUAUUAUACAAGGGUCUGCUUCUCUUUGUUUAGUUUUGGAAAGCUUUGACUAUUACUCAAUAUUGAAGUCAAUUGGCCAAGAUACUUCCCAACAUUAUAAUUCUGGAUAUUAGACGCUAUUGUUCUUCACUUGACUGAAUUAUCUUAAGCUGAGUUGUAUCGCUCCCAUUUUGUGCAAGUUUUUGAGGAUUGUUUUUUUUCCUGAAUAUAAAUUCAAACCACAGGGACAUGCCAUAGAAAAGACUAUAAGCCAUAUUAAUUUUCUUACUGCAUGCAGAGUAGGUUCUGGGUGUCUCUUUCCCCUUCAGUUUUGACAUCUAGGCGCCACUCUGUUUACCUGAAUUUUUUGGCUAAUGGCUGUGUAGUCAAGGUUUUUCCCUUGAAGGCAAAGCUGGUAUUUCUGAUUGUAUCUGCCAUUUACUAUGAGUCUUAUCCUUGCGUGACAUUUGUUGGUUAUGUUAGCAGUCUUGGUUUGGGUCACAUUUUGUGACGGUUUUGUAAAGUCUUGAUAUAUUGUGGUUGUAGCCUCUCGAGUGCACCAUCACGGUGUGAAUAAUGUUUACAUCUAUCUACAAAAACAAAUAAACUGUAACAUAUACUAUUUAAUGAGUGAAUAUUUAGAGAAGAUCAUUUUAAGAACACUCACAAUAGACCAAUGGGGCUGGUAAAGAGAAGAUAAUUUUUCAGACUUAAAGGUUAUAUUUAAUGGCUUUUGUUCACAAGAUUCACAGGUUGCAGCUAUGUGUUGCAGUUUGGUGCAAUCAUGUGAGGCCACACAAGUGAUUUAUGAACUCCUUUUUAUCUUUUUAAACACCGGUGAAGUGGUCUGCACACUUUGCUGUUGCGGGGAGGGGGGUGGGGGGUGGCUGGGGGUUGCAGCUUGUCUGAGAAAAUCACAGGAUUAGUACUUUAAUGUCCAAGAAUAAUCUUGUAAGUCAUACUGUGUUGUGACAUCCCCCACCCCUCUCCCCCCUACGUAAGUACUUAACGGUACUGUUUUCUGGAGAAGAAACUGACAUUUUUAGAGGUGCUCAAUUGUGAUGAGGCUUCUACAUGUCACUAUAAGGACAUUGUUGUUUCCUACAUUGUGCACAAUAUUAAGGGCUUUUGGUGUUCCAUCCACAGUUACCCUAUUACUCCCAGAGAUGACCCUGAUUUCAGUUGUGUUGCCUUAAAAAUGAAUUACUUGACACACAUGAACCAGUAAAUUGGCAGCCCGACUUUACCUCUUCUCUGUAUAUUUUUAAGAUUUCCAGGCAUAGAUCACCAUUUUCCACACAUUGAAAUGAUACACUUGAUUGUUUUGACCUAAUUUCUUUUUUUCUGAUAUUAUGCCCAGCAGCGUUAGCUCAAUUAUUUCAUUUCCAUAGAUAUGGGAGAUGUUCGAGCCAGCUUUAGUAUAUCUAAAUACAAUAAUUUUUAUUACGCUGUAAUGCCAUUUGGGAAUUGUGACUUGGAGGCUGCUAAAAAAGCUCAAAUUUCACAUUUUGUGGUGUUUGUUGUAUGUCAUCUAAGUCAUGUAAAUGCCUUUUUUCU